AUUACAUACACAGCAUAAACGAUUAAUUGUCUAACAUAUAAAUGUAUCUGCCUCCGAUCAUAAUAUCAAUUUUAAUUCAUCUAUGUGUGACAGUUAUAUAUUAUUAAGUAAAUGUGCGAUGAACUGAUAAAAUUAUUAAAUUAAACGCAUACGGGACAUCGCUACAAUGCUGAAGUGCAAGACUAUCUUCGGAAUAGUCCUUUUUAUAACCGUGUUGGGUACCCUGGUAGAUGCAAAGUAUCAUGCUGACUGCAUGAAGAGAUGUAAGGCAACGAAAACUGGUAUCAAGAAGUGUAGGAUGUGGUGCAAGAUUCCGAAUACAGCGCGUGUAGAUGGAACAUGUUGGAAUACAUGCAUUUCUGAAUCUGAGAAACCACAAUUCAAAAAAUGUCUGGCAAUGUGCAUUUUAAAACCAGUUAAUUGCCAGUGGGAGCAGUGGACAGACUGGGGACUGUGUACAGAAUGUUUAAAAUGCUGUCAGAAACAUUGUAUACGGACCAGAGGAAAGACACCAACACUUCAAAGCGGAAAACAGUGCGUGGGGUCUCAUAUAGAAAACAAGCUGGUAAAAUGCAGCAAGAUUGAUUGCUCGCAGCCCCAAACCAGUCCGGGAACGUGCAGUGGAUGGGGCGACCCACAUUACACAACAUUCGAUGGCUUACGUUAUGACUAUCAAGGUGAUUGCAAAU